CCCAUCGUACCUCACGGCUGAAAAUGGCCGAUAGAGGCAUUUAGAACAUUCGUAGCGUGAAGUAACCAUCCCUUUGUUCCUCUGUUUUUUCGUUGAUCUCUAGCAACCUGGCUUUUGUCUCGGUGUGAAGACCUUGUCGUUGGAUUACCCGCUGUGUAUUAUCUGUGUAGCGAAGAUUGUCGCCAUCAAUGUGCAGCUGACGUGCAUCACCUGUCCCAGUCAUGGAGACUGCUGCGUAGGCCUAAAAAAAAAUUGAGAUCGAUCUGCGGUGAUUGGUGGUCAUGAACCCUUAGUUUAGAAUUCAAUAUUUAUAAAGAUGAACCAAAACUGCAACGUCCCGGAGGCACCUCCUUCGGAGUGCAACAUCAAGGUGGUGUGCCGGUUCCGACCCCUGAACGAUGCGGAGGAAAGGGCCGGCAGCAGGUUCAUAGUAAAGUUUCCUUCGGGAUCCGAAGAUUGCACUUCGAUUGGGGGCAAGGUGUACAUGUACGACAAAGUCUUCAAACCUAAUGCUACUCAAGAAAAGGUGUACAAUGAAGCUGCAAAGGCUAUUGUAAAAGAUGUGCUUAUGGGCUACAAUGGAACCAUAUUUGCCUAUGGUCAAACGUCUAGUGGGAAGACCCACACAAUGGAGGGUGUUCUUGGAGAUUCCAUCCACCAGGGCAUCAUACCCAGGAUCAUCAAUGACAUCUUUAAUCACAUUUAUUCAAUGGAUGAAAACAUUGAGUUCCAUAUAAAGGUGUCUUACUUCGAAAUAUACCUGGACAAAAUCCGUGAUCUACUAGAUGUAACAAAAACUAACCUGUCAGUUCACGAAGACAAAAAUAGAGUUCCUUACGUCAAGGGGGCAACAGAGAGGUUCGUGACUAGCCCUGAGGAAGUCAUGGAAGUUAUUGACGAGGGGAAGGCAAAUAGACACAUUGCAGUCACCAAUAUGAACGAGCACAGCUCUAGGAGUCACAGCGUCUUCUUAAUCAAUGUGAAGCAGGAAAACCUCGACGACCAGAAGAAGCUCAGUGGAAAGCUGUACCUUGUAGACUUGGCUGGCAGCGAAAAAGUGAGCAAAACAGGUGCCGAAGGGAUGGUUCUAGAUGAAGCAAAAAAUAUCAACAAGUCGCUGUCGGCGCUUGGCAAUGUGAUAGCUGCCCUGGCUGAUGGAAAUAAGUCUCAUAUUCCGUACCGAGACAGCAAGUUGACGAGGAUCUUGCAGGAAAGUUUGGGAGGAAAUUCUCGAACAACCAUCAUAAUCUGCUGUUCCCCAGCCUCCUUUAAUGAAUGCGAAACAAAGUCUACCUUGGAAUUCGGAAAGAGGGCAAAGACUAUCAAGAAUGUUGUGAUAGUGAACGAAGAACUGACUGCUGAGGAAUGGAAGCGGCGAUUCGACAAGGAGAAAGAAAAGGUUACAAAGCUCAAGGGACAGCUCACAAAGGCUGAGUUUGAACUGGCACGCUGGAGAAAUGGGGAGUCUGUGCCGACAGAUGAACAGCUGAAGGAGCUUGAGAGCAGCACCAUGAGCCUCUCCGAGACACCCUCGGCAGCCUCAUCGGUUGCAAACCUGGCGGCUGUCGCUGCGCAGAAUGCGGCCGCCGCUGGCGCCGGAGCAGACCCGCUGCUCGCGGAGGAACGCACGCGGCUGUACGCCCAAUUGGACGAGAAGGACGACGAAAUCGACCGGCAAAGUCAGCUCAUCGAGAAGAUCAAAGAACAAAUGGAAGAGCAGGAAGAGCUGAUAUCGUCCACGCGCCGCGAUUACGAAUCGCUUCAGCAGGAGAUGUCGAGGAUCCAGCAGGAGAAUGAAUCUGCUAAGGAAGAAGUGAAGGAAGUGCUGCAAGCCCUCGAAGAACUGGCAGUCAACUAUGACCAGAAGUCUCAGGAAGUGGACAGCAAGAACCGAGAGUAUGAGAACCUGAGCGAGGAGCUCAACCAAAAACUGUGUCAGCUGAACACUGCUCAGAACGAGCUCCAGCAGAUGCGAGACCACAGCGUCCACCAGAAGAAGCGCACGACGGAAAUGCUGACGAGUCUCCUCAAAGACCUCGGAGAAAUCGGAGUUGUGCUUGGCGGAAACAACGCCGACAUCAAGCAACCUUCCACGGAUGUCAAUGGCAAGAUAGAAGAGGAGUUUACGGUCGCGCGUCUUUACAUCAGUAAGAUGAAAUCUGAAGUAAAGGCGCUGGCACAGAGAUGCCACCAGCUUGAGACGUUCCAGUCCGAAUGCAACAAGAAGAUCGGCUCAAAUGAAAAGGACCUGGCAGAAUGCAGACUGCUCAUCAGUCAGUAUGAAGCCAAAAUGAAGUCCCUUCAGGAGUCCAUGAAGGACAUAGAGAAUAAGAAACGUUCUCUCGAAGAAGCUGUUGACUCUCUCAACGAAGACUGUUCCAAGUUGAAAGCAGCUGAGGAGAUGCACAUCAUGGCGUCCAAAGAAAAGGAGAAGGAGAAAGAUUCUGCCGAGAAAAUGCGAGAGGCCCUGGAGCAGCAGAUUGAGAAGCACCGCGAUGCCCACCAGAAGCAGCUGUCCUCCCUGCGCGAUGAAAUUGCCGACAAGAUGAACCACAUUGACCAACUCAAAGAUGCAAACCAAAAGCUGUCCCUGGCUCAGGAUCGACUGCAGCAGGAGUACGAAAAGUUGAAGCAGGAAGAGCAAGAAAAGAGCCAGAAGCUGCAGGAGCUACAGUUCCUGAACGCGCGCCGUGAACAGGCUCGGCAAGACCUGAAGGGCCUGGAGGAGACGGUGGCUAAGGAGCUGCAGACCCUGCACAACCUGCGUAAGCUCUUCGUGCAGGACCUGCAGAGCCGCGUCAAGAAGUCUGCGGUGGGAGAGGACAACGAGGAAGCCUCCUCGGGGGGCAGCUUGGCCCAGAAGCAGAAGAUUGCUUUCCUGGAGAACAACCUUGACCAACUGACCAAGGUUCACAAACAGUUGGUUCGUGACAACGCUGACUUGCGCUGCGAACUGCCUAAGCUGGAAAAACGCUUGAGAGCAACCAUGGAGCGUGUGAAAGCUCUAGAGACUGCUCUGAAAGAAGCGAAAGAAAGUGCUAUGCGCGAUAGAAAGCGGUACCAGUAUGAGGUGGAUCGUAUCAAGGAAGCUGUCAGACAGAAGAACCUUGCAAGAAGGGGACACAUGGCAAUGAUCGCUAAGCCCAUCCGCGCCGGUCAGCCGCACGCGCCUGCCGGCACUGCAAUCCGCGGAGGAGGCGGAGUGGCAUACCACGCUCCCAGUGCUGCCAUGGAGAAGGCAUAAGCUGCCGACCGCAACAUUGGAACGUUCCGGACGACGCAAUGCCAACGUCGCAGGCCAUCACCCACAUGUACAUGAUUUCCGACAGACGAUUUUAUUCUCUGCGUACUACCUUAGCAGCACAGCAGCUUCCGAAGACGGCAAAAAGUGCUUUGUUAGAAUCAGGCAGACCUUUGAACUUUUGGCCCGACUCCAACCCCCCCCCCAUCCCUUAGUGUACGACUCGUUCUGAUAUUUGGUGAACUCUCUGAUCUUGCAUUUUUUUCCUUAUCCUCGUUACGAUUUAUUUAUGUUAUACAAUGAACAAGCAAACCAAUGUCUGUUUUUACGUCGAGAAAGCCUCUCUUUUUACACGAGCGAAGCCUAAUUGUCUGCGUGCUGUCAGGGAGCACCAGUGAGGUAUGUUUAGUUCCUAUCUUAGCGUUCUGCUUGUGCACAGAGAUGUGAAGAGAGAGAGACGCAUCUUGGACACACAUGUACGUGCGUACACACACACAUGCCUCACAUGUAGCGUGCUGCAUUGCCCCCCUCUCGAGGCAAUAUUAUGUUCAUACGAGCUGCUUUUUCGAGUGCCGCUGAUUGCAAAUACAACUUGUAACCGUGGAACACCUGCGUAACAUUUUUUUCGUGGCUGUCUACACGCCAAAUUGCCCGGGAAAAGGAAUCUUUAUUUUUUAGCUGAGAUGGUAACAGUGUGCUACAGGCUUGUUGCAUUGGUAUCCUCCUUGUUUCUUCUGUUUUUUUUGUUUUUCUCGUAACAGUUUUUCCAGGGCCUGCCUGCCUACUGUUGCGGUCAAAGACUAUCUGCGGCUCGGCAGAUGAUACCCAACAUGUGGCACUUUGCAGUGGCCGUUUUUUUUUUUUUUUGCCGACUUUUGACUGUAAACUUGUUUUCGGACACACUUGUAAAUAUAUUCCCGCAUAGUUCUUUUUAGCAUUUCUUAUUGCUGUUUGUAUACUUGAAUGGCACUUUGGUUGUCCGAACCAAAAGGUGCGGCCCAGCUCUGGUCAGGUCUGUACCAGUCAAUGAACGCAGGACUUACUUUGGGAUCCAUUUUUUAAUGACCUGCAAGAAUGUAUUGGAGGUUUGCGUGCCUUUUUAACAUUGCUUUGUCUGUAGCGGUAAGGGUGUGCACGAGCAGGCUGUUGUGUGAUACAUAUAUAUCCUAGGGUCACCUAGCAGAGGUUUGGACCAAGAAAAAGAAAAAAAAUACGAACUACCGCCACUACAGUCUUCUGCUUGGUUUCCCUCUGCUGUAAAUUGUGUUUUGCGAGAGUUGAAAGUAUAGCUAAUCGAGUGAGUAAUUGCGGAUUAUUUAUGGAUAGGUUUGUGCUCUUUGGAAGCAGUGCAAUCUUUUUAUAUAGUCUGUGCGGUGCACUGUAUGAUAACUGCAGGAGAGAAUAUUUCCCCUGCUGUGUACCCGCAGCAUGCACGUGUCACCUGCAGGUAAAAAAGUUCAGCCAUAGUUACGAGCUCGUAUGCAAAUGUGGGGCAGCAUAGUUUGUGCAACGAUAUGAUGAAAAAGUGCAGCUAAAGCAUUGGAGCAAUUUGUGAUGGGAAUGGUAAUUUAGUGUUAAUUUAUAAUGUAUUGUAACACCUGUGGCUUAAUAAAUCUCCUAUUUGGUGGUUC